AUGGCAAACGAGAUCGAACAUGACCUGGACGUUAUUGUGUUUUGCACCGGACACCAUCUCGGAACUGCGUUCGACUGCUCAAAGAUGGUUAUUACCGGACGUGACGGUCAGUCUCUCCAUGACAAAUGGUUCGAGGAAGGCAUAUCAACUCUUCAUGGAGUGAUGAGUAGUGAGGUUCCGAAUUUGUUCUUUUCCGGGCCGUGGCAAGCAUCGACCAGUGCAAACUACCCAUACAUGCUUGACCAGCUCGCCACCCACGUCGCAAGCAUUCUGUCCAAGGUGGACAAGGAGGUCCGGUCACGAUCCCCUGGAGCUCCAGGUUUUCCUAGAUUCACAGUUGAACCGAAGAGAGUUGACGAGGAUGCCGGGGCUCUGGAGGUCAUGCUCCGAGCCCGUGGUCUCGCCAGUGGUGAGCUCUGCACCCCGAGCUACAUGAACAUGGAAGGGUCGAUCGCCCAAAUGGAUCAAGAGCAAGCGGCGAAGGCCGCCCGGGCUUCUAUUUGGGGGACGGGGGUGAAGGACUUCGUGAACACUCUCGCAAAAUGGCGAGAGGGGACGUUGUGA